GGGCGGUGUUAGGCACUCGGCCCUUCUGCGCCGCGCGUCCUCUGCAGCCCAGCCCAGCCCGGCCCGGCUAUGGCCUCGGUGGCCUCCUACGAGAGCCUGGUGCACGCCGUAUCAGGCGCCGUGGGCAGUGCGACUGCAAUGACUGUCUUUUUUCCUUUGGAUACAGCUAGACUGCGUCUUCAAGUUGAUGAGAAACGCAAGUCCAAGACAACACCUGCAGUCUUACUGGAAAUAAUCAAAGAAGAAGGCCUGCUAGCACCAUAUCGAGGGUGGUUCCCUGUCAUCUCCAGUCUUUGCUGUUCCAAUUUUGUUUACUUCUAUACAUUUAACAGUCUUAAAGCAGUCUGGGUCAAAGGUCAACAUUCAACGACAGGAAAAGAUUUGGUCCUCGGGGUUGUUGCAGGGGUUGUGAAUGUGCUAUUGACCACUCCACUUUGGGUUGUGAAUACACGGCUGAAACUGCAGGGAGCAAAGUUUAGAAAUGAAGAAAUUGUACCAACAAACUACAAGGGCAUUGUGGAUGCUUUUCAUCAGAUAAUACGAGAUGAAGGGGUCCUGGCUCUGUGGAAUGGUACCUUCCCCUCCUUGCUGCUGGUUUUCAAUCCUGCCAUACAGUUCAUGUUCUAUGAAGGUUUUAAGCGGAAGCUUUUGAAGAAGCAACAGCAGCUCACUUCUUUGGAUGUGUUCAUCAUUGGUGCAGUAGCCAAAGCAGUUGCCACUACGAUCACAUAUCCGAUGCAGACAGUACAGUCAAUUCUACGGUUUGGACGACACCGAUUGAACCCAGAAAAUCGGACACUAGGCAGUCUUAAGAAUGUUCUCCACAUUCUGCGACAGAGAGUAAAGCGUUUUGGCUUAGUGGGACUCUACAAAGGACUUGAAGCGAAGCUUCUGCAGACUGUCCUCACUGCUGCACUUAUGUUCCUAGUCUACGAGAAACUGACUGCUGCUACUUUCACAGUCAUGGGAUUAAAGAAGUCACAGAAGCACUGAGAGUGACCCCUGCUGCACAGUGAACAUGGAAAGAAAAAAUGAGGGCCUGGGAGGGGAAUCCAACACCUUGGGGAAAAGCUGAGGCACUGGGGGAGAUCCCCCUCAUCUCUAAAGCCACCUCCUCUUCACUGCUCCCUACGGUUAUUGAAGCUAUUUCAGAAACUAUCUGAGGAGAGCUUUGGAACACAGUUUGGUAGGAUUUGCUGCCAUCCCUUUCUGGGAUUGUUUGUUUACUUUCUUGACCUUGUCUGGACCAAUUGGGUUAUCAAUUUAAUGGAAAGAUUAUUUUAAACACCUGCAGUUAUUUUAAUUUCUAAAUGAUUUGGUUGGCCUUUUGGGGGGGAAAUAGGUGCUUCCUACUGUAGUUCACUUUCUUUCCUUCCCCACCCAGUUGCCCUCAGCUGUCCUCCCUCCCUCACUGUCUUUGCUAUUGGGAGCAACAAGAACUUGACUUGUGUAAUUCUCUCUGCAAGGUGUUCGUUUCACUUGAUAUUUGGUUCAUUAAAAUGAAUUCAUGUGGAAA